UAUGAUGCUCUGGUAACACUCCCUCACGGCUCACAAAUUUUGUAUCAGAUUAAUUGUGUUUUACAAAUAAAACCUGAAUAAUGGGCACUAAAAGACCCAAUAAUGCCGUGGUAUUGGCACAAGAGGCAAAGCGCAGCAAAAGCGACCUGGUCGCCUUCACAAAUCGAGAUAAAGCACUCCUUGAGUCGGGCGUGAGACGUACCUCAAAUCUACAAGCGCCUAUAAUGCAGCUGGAAGGACAUGAAGGCGAGAUUUUUACAGCCGAGUUCCAUCCCGAGGGGGAGUUAUUACUUUCCUCCGGAUUCGAUAGGCAAAUAUACAUCUGGCAGGUGUACGGGGACUGCGAUAAUGUGAUGGCCAUGUCUGGACACAGUGGCGCUGUGAUGGAAGCUCACUUUACGCCGGAUGGCUCGCACAUCUUCACCUGCUCCACAGACAAAACAUUGGCCAUCUGGGAUAUAGUCACAGGCCAGAGGCAACGGCGGUUCAAGGGUCACGGAAAUUUUGUGAACAGCGUGCAGGGCUCGCGUAGGGGUCAGCAGAUUCUAUGUUCGGGCAGCGAUGACCGCAGCAUAAAAAUCUGGGAUGCCAGGAAAAAGCACGCCGCACAUACAUUGGAAUCUCCCUUCCAAGUCACUGCAGUUUGUUUUGGUGAUACUGGAGAACAAGUGAUAAGCGGUGGCAUCGACAACGAACUAAAGAUCUGGGAUAUUCGAAAACAAGCCGUUUUGCAUCACCUGCGUGGUCAUUCCGAUACAAUUACAGGAAUGUCUUUGUCUCCCGAAGGUGACUUUGUUUUGACAAAUGCCAUGGAUAACACCUUGAGAGUGUGGGACGUAAGGCCGUAUGCCCCAGGCGAACGAUGUGUUAAGGUGUUUCAGGGCCAUCAGCACAACUUUGAGAAAAAUCUGCUGCGUUGCGCAUGGUCGCCAGGUACAGAUAAAAUAUCCUCGGGUUCCGCCGAUCGACAUGUCUACAUUUGGGAUGUAAAUACAAGAAGAAUUCUCUACAAACUGCCUGGGCACAAUGGCAGUGUCAAUACUGUGGACUUUAGUCCAAAAGAGCCGCUUAUUCUUUCUGGAUCCAGUGACAAGACCUUGUAUUUGGGAGAGAUUGAUGACUGACCGAUAAUGAAUCCAAGGAUCGAGAGGAUUGCUACUCUCGUGAAAAUUCUGUAAAAGCCAGGUAUUCUUUAUGAUUCUUUACUAAUAAACCUUCGUAGGCGCUUGUGUUGCUGUCAAUACA